UUAGGAAACACCGCAAUUUACGUUUCUUUGCUUUUCCGCAAAAGUGGGUCAAAAGAACCGUACAUUUGAAGACAUCUGAUGGAACAUUAAGGACAUCUGGUCAAUUCGGCGCACAUAUGUUUGCCAAAUGUUUCCUCUCGGUUGUGAAAUAUUGAGAAAUGAUUUCAGGUGAAAAGGAUGGACACCCAGAACCAGGUUUUGGACCGGUUGCGUUCAACGUUUCGUUCAGGCAUCACAAUACCAGAGCGCUUUCGUCAAACUCAGCUGACCAGCCUCCUGUCCAUGAUCAAAGAUAACGAGCAGCUGAUUUUAGAUGCACUGCACAAAGACCUGGCGAAGCCAAAAUUUGAAGCCAUCAUGUCCGAGAUUGAGAUUGUGAUCAAUGAGCUGCAGUACACCAUCGCCAACAUGGCAAGCUGGAUGCAGCCGGAGUAUGUCAGCAAAAGCCUGGCCACAAAGCUGGAUGACUGUUUUAUCCGGAGGGAACCAUUAGGAGUUGUGUUGAUCAUUGCACCGUGGAACUACCCGCUGCAACUCCUUAUCAUACCUUUGGUUGGAGCCAUUGCUGCAGGAAACUGUGUGAUCGUCAAGCCUUCAGAGGUCAGCGCCGCCACAGGCAGUCUGAUGGCAGAGCUCAUCCCCAAAUAUUUGUCUCCGGACUGUUAUGCAGUUGUUCGUGGUGGAGCGGAGGAGACCAAGGCACUUCUGCAGAAUCGCUUUGACCACAUCUUCUACACAGGUUCUCAGACUGUGGCACGCAGCAUCCUGCAGGCAGCCUCGGUCCACUUGACCCCAGUGACCUUGGAACUGGGCGGCAAGUGUCCAUGCUUCAUAUACGGUCGGGUGGAAAUUGCAGCCUCUGCUCGCCGCUUGGUGUGGGCAAAGUAUUUUAAUGCCGGCCAGAGCUGCGUGGCUCCAGACUACGUGCUGUGCUCGGCGGCCACCCGGGACGCCCUGCUGCCCGCGAUACGCAAGACCCUGGAGGAAUUCUACAGCAAGGAGCCUCAGGCCUGUCCGGACAUGUCCCGCAUCGUGUCACCCCGACACUGGACCCGGCUGAUGGAACUGCUCGGGAGGUCCAGGGGCAAGGUUGUUGUGGGAGGAGAGAGUGACCAAGAGGACAAGUACAUAGCUCCCACAGUGGUGGUGGAUGUGGCCGAAGACGACGCUCUCAUGGCGGAGGAGAUUUUCGGCCCCAUCCUGCCCAUCCUCACCGUGGACUCUCUGGAAGAAGGCAUCGACUUCAUCAACCGCCAAGAGAAGGCCCUGGCUGUCUAUGUCUUCUCUGAAGAGUCCUCCGUGGUGAACACAGUGCUGGAAAAGACCAGCAGUGGAGGAUUCUGCUCUAAUGACGGGAUUAUCCACAUGACCCUGCCAACCCUGCCCUUUGGAGGUGUAGGGUCAAGCGGUUGGGGCAGUUACCACGGCCGCUGGGGCUUCGAGACGUUCAGCCACCGGCGGUCCUGCAUGCUGCGUGGCUGGGCUCUGGAGAGACUCAAUGGCCUGCGCUACCCGCCAUACACAGAGGACAAACUGGGCUGGCUACGCUGGACCACCGGGAGGAGCUGCUCCAUCAUGUGAUGUGUGUGUGUAAUACUGUAUGUAUGAAUGUGGAUGUUUGGGAGAUCCACCUGGAGACGGGGUUAACCAUAUCUUCUUUUAAUGUGUGUGAUGGCCCUUAGCAGACCUCUAUGACACUGUGUAUCAGAGCUUUUAGAAUAUAUCCGACGUUUCCUCUCUCAGCUCUUUGUAGGUACAAACUGUUUUAUGUAUUCUGGUUUAUUUUAAACUGGCUCCACUUUGAUGAGUGCCAGGGAUUCCACUGCCUGCUUGUUUUUAUCCUCUUGCACUGACAUUUUUAUGUGGUGAGAAUGGUGUUACAGUGUUAUUGUUUUUAAUAACCUAUUGUUUUGGUUGAUUGGUUUAAUUUCUCAUGGUGUCUGACGUUGUGCUCUUCUAUGUUCUAAUACUGUUUUCCAUGAAAUACUGUAAAUAAAUUUGAAAUUCUUAUUUUAUUUUCAAAUAA